CUACAAAUAUCUCUCUUCUUAACAAACUAUAUAUAAACAUCAUCAGUCCCAGAACCUUCCAAUUUUUCAAAAAUGCGAUCAAACUAAUCCCUACAAUGCAUUAUUAAGAACUCAAGCAGUGGUGAUACGUCCCAAUAUUCUUUAGUGGAGGGUCACUUUUCAGUUCAACAUCUGCCGCACCCCCUGGCCUAUAAAGGAGAAAGCUCUUCCAAUACCUUUUAUGGUGUGAAUUGAAGAAUAACAGAGAAGAAACAUAUAGUUUUCUGGCUUUCUUUCUUUCUUUCCUUUUCCAUUCAAAGUUGAAUCAUGGAUGGGAAGAUGAGUUGGACUGUUGCUGAUGCCGUGGACUACAAUGGUUUGCCUGCGGACAGAUCUAAAACUGGUGGAUGGAUCCCUGCUGCACUUGUUCUAGGGAUCGAAGUAUGCGAGAGGCUUUCAACAAUGGGAAUAGCAGUUAACCUGGUCACAUAUUUGAUUGGAACGCUGCAUCUGGGUAGUGCAACUUCAGCCAAUAUGGUGACAGACUUUAUGGGCGCUUCUUUUCUCUUGUGUUUGCUUGGAGGAUUUCUUGCUGAUUCUUUCCUAGGCAGAUACAAAACUAUUGCAAUAUUUGCCGUUAUACAAGCACUGGGUACUGGAAUGCUAGCUAUCGUAACUAAGCUACCCCAGCUGCGUCCACCUCCUUGUCACACCAACCAUUCAUGCGUACAAGCAAAUGGAUUCCAAAUGGGAAUUUUAUACAUGGCUUUAUAUCUAAUUGCACUAGGAACUGGAGGCCUAAAAUCAAGUGUUUCAGGAUUUGGAACCGACCAAUUCGAUGAGAAAGACGAAAAGGAGAAAGCCCAGAUGGACUAUUUCUUCCACAGGUUCUUCUUCUUCAUUAGCAUGGGAACAUUGUUGGCUGUUACAGUGCUUGUUUAUAUAGAAGAUGAAGUUGGUCGCAGCUGGGCUUAUGGGAUUUGUACUGUGGCUAUGUUUAUAGCCGUCUUCAUAUUCUUUUCUGGGAAUAAAAGAUAUAGGUACAAGAAGAGCUUGGGAAGCCCCAUAGUGCACAUUUUCCAGGUUAUUGUAGCUGCCACAAGAAAGAGGAAGAUGAACCUCCCUUACAAUAUUAGCUCACUCUAUGAGAACACCCCAGAGGCCUCAAGAAUCCAGCAUACCGAUCAAUUCCACUUCUUGGAUAAGGCGGCCAUAGUUGCAGAUGGAGAUUUCGAAAAUAGUGGUUCUGCUCCAAAUUCAUGGAAGCUAUGCUCGGUGACGAGGGUGGAGGAAGUGAAAAUGAUGGUGAGAAUAUUGCCAAUCUGGGCCACAACCAUCAUUUUCUGGACCACAUAUGCCCAGAUGAUCACAUUCUCAGUUGAGCAAGCAUCCACUAUGGAAAGAUCAAUUGGAAGUUUUCAAAUUCCGGCUGGCUCUCUCACGGUCUUCUUUGUGGCUGCUAUUUUAGUUACACUGGCAGUCUAUGAUCGUUUGAUCAUGCCUUUUUGGAAGAAAUGGAAAGGAAAACCAGGUUUCAGUAAUCUGCAGAGAAUAGGCAUUGGCCUAGUUUUGUCAACUUUAGGAAUGGCAGCAGCAGCAUUAGUCGAGAGAAAACGUUUAUCAGUAGCCAAAGCUGAGGGUGGCAACACUUCAACUCUGCCCUUGAGCGUGUUCUUACUGAUACCACAAUUUUUCUUGGUGGGUUCAGGUGAAGCUUUCAUAUACACUGGGCAGCUCGAUUUCUUCAUAACCCAAUCUCCCAAAGGAAUGAAAACUGUCAGUACCGGUCUCUUCCUGACAACUCUGUCACUUGGUUUCUUCGUUAGUAGCUUCUUGGUCAUGGUUGUGAAGAGGGUGACAGGAAGCGACGGUGGCCAGGGAUGGUUAGCUGAUAAGAUAAACUCUGGGAGGCUUGAUUGCUUCUAUGGCCUUCUUGCCAUACUUGGAGUUAUGAAUUUUGUGGUUUUUAUUUGUGCUUUGUGGUAUAAGCCUAGCAAUACCAACAUUAAAUCUGGUUUGCAGACAAAGAAUGUUGGUAAUGGGUCCUUAGCUGAGGAGCAGUGCUAGCUAGAGACUGGUUGAUUGUGAGGGAUUUUUCCGAUUUAGGUUUGGCUUCUCUGCGUAUAUCAAAAAUAAUUUGGGUUUGGCUGCUUCUUUCAUGUACUUUAGGUAUGAAUAUGAUCAAUUGAAUGGCUUGAGAUUUCAGAA